AUGGCGGAGGCGGGAAAAGUGUCUGGCGGCUUGGGGUUUCCUGGAGGAGGAGCGGCCCAGUGGCCUCUGCAGAGGUAUGGUCGCUACAUGCCCUUAGGUGCCGAAGAGCUGCCUGGGCCUGGCCUGAAAGCUGUAACAGCCUCCUCCCCAACGUGGAAGGUCUUUGACUCCAAUGAAGAAUCUGGGUAUCUUGUUCUCACCAUAGUUAUAUCAGGUCAUUUCUUCAUUUCCCAAGGACAGACACUACUGGAAGGAUUCUCACUCAUUGGUUGCAAGAACUGGUUGAAGAUCGUAAGACGCAUGGACUGUCUGUUGUUCGGAACAACAAUAAAGAACAAGAGUCGCAUGUUUCGAGUACAGUUUAGCGGAGAGUCAAAGGAGCAGGCGCUGGAACACUGCUGCAGUUGUGUGCAAAACCUGGCCCAGUAUGUAACCGUUCAGGUGCCUGAUGAAAUCAUCCAGGAGCUUCAGCCAAAUCCUGGCCCGCUGAAACCAAGUGAGAGACAAGGGAAGGACCCUGCAAAGAGCAUCCCAUUGCAGUACGAAGUAAGACGGCCAAGUUCUGGUCGUCACACUUCCUACCAGCAGGUAGGUCUCAGAGUCAGCCCAGGCGCACCAGAGGAAAGGACCUCAGUGACACAGUUAGCUGAGUCUCUCUUGGCUUCAGAGGAGCUGCCCCUUGUCUAUGAACAAUCUGCAUGGGGUGUGGAAGAGUUAGGCCCCUUUCUUCGCUUAUGCCUCCUGGAUCGGAAUUUCCCAGCAUUUGUGGAAGAGGUAGAAAAAGAACUUAUAAAGCUGACAGGGUUCAGAAAUUAAUGUUCCCUCUACAUGUCUAACUCAGGAACUUCAAAAUAUUGUAAAAUGCUUCCUCCUAAAAUUAAAGAAGAUAUCAGAAUAAAGAGUAUUAUUCCAAACACCUUUUAUCAAUGUUUUAUUUUUAAAAACAGGUGAAUUCACGUUUUUAUACAUCAUUGCACUUCAACAAUUACACAAAAUACCAGUACCAUGCAUCUACAGUUAACGUACCGCGUGAGAACCCUGUUAGGUUAUAAAAUCUACCAUCAAUCAUUAAAUCAAUGUGAAAAAUACAGUGUCAAACCAAAAAGUAUAACUAUAGUUGCAUAGAGUAUCACCAUGCUAUGACAUUUCAAGGUCAUGGAAAACA